GACUUCGGAGCGGCAGGCAGGCAGAGGGAAGAUGGCAGCCGCGGCAGUGGCUGAGUUUCAGAGAGCACAGUCUCUUCUUGGAACGGACCGGAAUGCCUCUAUCGAUAUCUUGCACUCUAUAGUGAAGCGGGACAUCCAGGAGAGCGAUGAGGAGGCGGUGCGCGUUAAAGAGCAGAGCAUCCUGGAGCUGGGCGGGCUGCUGGCCAAGACGGGACAGGCUGCAGAGCUUGGGGGUCUGCUGAAAUAUGUGCGCCCCUUCCUCAACUCCAUCUCCAAGGCCAAGGCAGCCCGGCUGGUCCGCUCCCUGCUGGACCUGUUCUUGGACAUGGAGGCCGCCACGGGCCAGGAGGUGGAGCUCUGCCUGGAAUGCAUAGAGUGGGCCAAGACGGAGAAGAGGACCUUCCUCAGACAGGGGCUAGAGGCUCGUCUCAUCUCACUGUACUUCGACACAAAGUGCUACCAGGAGGCACUACAACUUGGCACCCAGUUGCUGCAGGAGCUGAAGAAGAUGGACGACAAGGCCCUGCUGGUGGAGGUGCAGCUGCUGGAGAGCAAGACGUACCACGGGCUGAGCAACCUGCCCAAGGCACGGGCCGCUCUCACCUCAGCCAGGACGACCGCCAACGCCAUCUACUGUCCACCCAAACUACAAGCGGCCUUAGACAUGCAGUCAGGGAUCAUUCACGCAGCGGAGGAGAAGGACUGGAAGACGGCUUACUCCUAUUUCUACGAGGCCUUUGAGGGUUACGACUCCAUCGACAGCCCCCGGGCCAUCACAUCCCUCAAAUACAUGCUGCUCUGCAAAAUCAUGCUCAACUUGCCGGAGGAUGUCCAGGCCCUCAUCAGUGGCAAGCUAGCUCUGCGGCACGCUGGCAGACAGACGGACUCGCUGAAAUGUGUCGCACAAGCCAGCAAGAACCGGUCGCUGGCAGACUUAGAGAAGGCACUAACAGAGUACAAAGCGGAGCUGAGGGAUGACCCCAUCAUCAGCACCCAUCUAACCUUGCUGUACGACAACCUGCUGGAGCAGAACCUCAUCAGGGUCAUCGAGCCGUUCUCCAGGGUCCAGAUGGCACACAUUUCCUCCCUCAUCAAACUGUCCGAGGGCGACGUGGAAAGGAAACUAUCGCAGAUGAUCCUGGACGAGAAGUUUCACGGUAUUCUGGACCAAGGCGAAGGUGUGCUGAUCGUCUUCGACGAGCCGGCGGUGGACAAGACGUACGAGGCGGCCCUGGAGACCAUCCAGAACAUGAGCAAAGUGGUGGACUCGCUCUACAACAAAGCCAAGAAGCUGACAUAAGAGAGAGCAAACCCGUCGGGCCGGUCAGGACCUUCUGGUUGCUCGUUCACGUCGGCCCGGGAGGGACGAGGACAGGACGAACACUUCAAGCGAGCAAAUAAAACCAGCUGACCAAACCGAAGAGAACCCCCCCAGUCCUCCCUCGCCUCUCUGUAAAAAUGGGACCCCCCCCUUAUUUUUUCCUUCUUGUUUCUCUCUGCGCUGGCCAUCAGGGAAUCUUGUAAAAUACCAAUAAAGAAUACGUGCACAGUA